CUCAUCCACAACAAUAACCUCACAUUGAUUCGUUUCAAGAGAUCACCUCGAAAUCAUGACGACCCCUAAAAAAUCAUAUCAUUGGAUUCAAAAACGGAUUGAGAGCCUGGACCCUUACGUCGACUACGAAGAGAUAUACAGACUGUCGGCCAGCUAUGGCGGAAACGACUUCGUCAACAGCCUGAUCUACGCCCUGGUAUUUCCAAAUUUUGUGGUCACAGAGCAUGGUGCUCGAGCUGUAUGGCGCGAGGAUGGCGGCAAAGUGUUUGCAGCAGCCACGGCUCGAGUCGAGGAGACAGCAACAAGUAAUGACACGUGGUGGUACUAUGGUCCAAGCGAUCCCAGGACUCAGAAGUCGGUAGAGAAGAUCAACAAGAGACACGAGUACUGGGCCAAGCAGUAUCCAGGCGACUUCUCGCACAACGAGGACUACGUCUAUACUUUGGCAUUCAGCGCUAUAUUUAUGCAUCGUCUGCGUCUCCGUUUGGGCCUUAGUGGCGUGUCUGAGAAGGUCAAAAUCGCCUCCUACAUCUUCAUGUCCGAAAUGGCCAAGCUUUUUUACUCCGAAGGCAGAGUGCCUCUGACCGACUGGCCUCCCAGCUGGGACGGCCUCAUCAAGUACUGCGAGGACUUCGAAAACUCGCCUCGCCCAAGUUACGAACAGGGCCACCUCAUUGCGUCGGCUAUCUAUGAGCACUUUGCUUUUCGCUGGUUUCCACCUUCAAUGCGCUGGCUCGGGAGGGCGAUCCCAACAUCGCUGAGUCUGCCUACGACGUUGGCGGCGCAUAGGAUCACCCCACCGAACCCUGUGCUCAAAGCCAUCAUAGUGUUUGCACUUGGCUGUCUGCUAUGGGUGAUGGAAACACUUGGUCCGGAUCCUCAGUCAGCUUAUCUGCCCGAGCUUGAACAACUGCCAAAAGAACAAAAGGCUGAACGCGCAAGAGAAUUCCAGCAACUCGAUCAUGCCUUUGCUCCAUACUUUGCAGCUCGCCCAGAAAAUCUGAGCAUCGGUUGCCCCUUUCGCUCGAAUAUGAAAUUGCAAACGUCAAAGAUUGUGGAUAUGGAUUGAUACAUUGGCGUACUUGGUCACACGUUUCUUGCGAUGGCAAAUGCUUUAUCUCUAUUCUAAAAUUCGUUAUAUGGGACUGUAUUUCAUUGUUAGAUUGAUUGUCUGUAUAAUACACAUGUGUUGCGCACUUGAAAUGCAAGCUAUUUUUAGCUGAGAGUGAGGUUGGGCAUCUUCACUAAUGAAAAGAAACUAAAUAAUACUGCAAGUAUUUGUACUAGCAGGUGCGGAGCAAUUGACAAACGAAGCUUCCUAACCAUGACCCCCUUCUGGUGGAAUAGCAUUAGAAAGAGGCUGAUUGACGGCAAAGUAAUUCA